GAUUAUUUGAUGAAAAAAAGAAGUUAAGCUCCUUAGCAACGGAUAAACUAUCGGAUAUUAAAACUUCAUGUUUUUCCGUCAAUAUAAUAUUAUAUUUUGUUUAAUCAAGCCCAAGCAAUACACAAUGGCCAACAGUAAGUAUGUUGUUUAUUUUAUUUUUUGUUGUUUAAAAAAUGAAAUUAAACAUGUAGGUACAAUAAUAAUUAAAGUAUACAAUCUACAUAGGUUCCUAACUACCUAGUUAUAGCCAUGGUUAUAACGUAUUGUACUUUUAUAGGGUAGGUAGGUAAUUAAUGGUUAUAAUGUACCCAAGUUAUAGGUACAUAUUACUAUCAGAAAAAAACAACCUGUAAAAAAUUGCAUAAACUAGCCUUAAUAAUUUUAUGUAUUUUUUUCCACAAUGUUGUAAUUAGCCAACAGGUUUUAGUUAAACAGAUGAAGACCGUGCAAGAGUUGCGGUGAAGAUAAUAUCAUCAUAAUGAUAGAUAGAUGGAUACCUAUUAAUUACUUGGUUCAAAUAUUUGUUUUAUAUUUUUGACGAGCUAUACAAUAGUCUCAGUUUUUAUUGGUAAUCUACCUACUUGUAUGGACUUACCUAAAUCACGAGUUGAAGUGUUGAGUAUAAUAAUAAUAAUUCACUCGUACCAUUAUUUUCCUUUAAAUUUUCAAAAGAUCGGUAAGUUAGUUAGUUACCUUUACCAGAAUAACACGAUCUGACCACUCGUCAAUUAAAAAUUAAUGAAUCAUAAAGAUAUACUUGACUAUUUGAGCUACAUACAAAAUUAAUUAUAGUAUGCAGUAUAGGUACGAUACGUAUUUUCAAAUUAAAAUAUGAUAGGCAUGCAGGUAGGCAAGCACGUAUUAUAUAGCCUCAGACCCAGAUAUUUCAAGGGCACCCAUAGACGAUUUUUCGAGAGGGGACUCGUGAUUUUUGUGAUCCUAAUAACCUAUAUUAUAUUUUUCAAUUUUAAUAAUCUGUAUUUUCGUGCUGUAAAUACCUAGGUACCAAUUAAACAUAUAAGUCCAAACAGAGAUGAUAAUAUUAGCAAUUAGUAUCCUCAUUUGUCCUUCGAUUGCGGGUGGUUUUUAUUGGUUCCCGUAUAAUAUAAUAUUACUAUAAUAUAAGCUGACGUGUGUUCGGCAGUAUAUUACUUAUUGCUAAACGCAAUCAAUACAUUUAUCUUGAAUUAAAAACAUGUUUACUAUAAUGGCUAAUGGCGUUUAUCGCGUGUGACGUGUGCGUGUAUAGUAUUAUGCACUUUUAUUUACCUACGCAAAUCUAAAAUGAGUUGUUAUCUAACUGAAUAAUAAUAUAUAAAUAGCUUAUUCCCUUGUUGUUAUUGUUUGGUUGACGAUGCAAAUAUAUUAUUCGGGUUUUAAACGUUUUCCAAACAAUACAAAAAUGAUUUCAUAAAAAUAUAUCUGUAUUCCGUAUAAAUAGAUUGUUUACGGCUACUUUAAUAAUUAUAAAUAAAAUGUCCCUUGGAACUAUAUUGUUACAGGUAACUAUGUUAUUAUUGAUUUACGUAGGUACGCUUACCAUCCAAAUCAAAAUGCCUACCAUGGUUCUGAUAAAAUACUCAAAACAUAUAAAACGAUGUUUUUUUUAGGGUUCCGUAACAAAAACAGAACUAUUAAAAAUAAUAAAAUCGGCAACGCCGCGGCGUCCCGUAAAUAUUAAUUGCUAUUUUUUCAACAGUUUUCUUUCGGGUUUUCUCAGUUAUUUUUAAAACCACAUGGAAAAUCAAAAAAUGAUCUCUCUAACGCACUAACUAGAUACAAAUUUCCUUUCAGAAAAGGUGCUACAUUUUAUGUAUCAGAACAACAUUUUUCUUCAAAAAGUUGUUUUGACACACAAAAAAAAAAUAUACAAAUCAUAAUAAAACCAGUAGGUGUUAUUUCAUAAAUGCAUAAAACCGAAAAAUGACGAUUAAUUAUAGUAUUCGCGCCUCUCAUCGUAUUGUGGUACCUACGAGUUAUUGACAAAAUUUAUAUACAGAUGAAUGUUUCUCAACUUAUAACUUAUAAGUCGAUAAUAUAUGCUCCCUCUUUAAUUUCCCAACUGUGUGAUUUAAAAUUGUAAAAAAAUUCAAGAAAGUAACACAUACUAAAUACUUUCAACGAAAAUUAAUUUAAAAAAAAUAUGUUAACUGGUCAUGUGAAUAUUGAACUAAACAUGUUAUAAAUAUAUAGUUACUUACCAUAGUGCUACUCUAUAAUGACACACACUUUGCUAAUUUUUUCUCUAUCGCCCGAGCUUUUUAAUAACCUUAAGUAUGUAUGUUUUAUAUCUAGGUACUAAAAAUCAGUUUAAAAAUAACAAUCGUUUAAGGCUUUAAGGUGUCCACAUGUAUCGGUAAUUCAAGGUUAAAAACUAACAAUACAUAUCAUUAGUAUUUAUAUAUAUAUAUAUAUAUGUAUGUGUUAGAUAAUCAGUCAUUCAUUUUAAAAACAUUGGAUAAAAAUUAAUAACUACCUACGGUAAAGAAAAAAAAAUGUAAUUAAAAUAUAAAAAAGACUGACAUACUUCGCACGAUUGAUAGGCCACUGUUGUUGGUGAAAAGUUGGGAAAGUAGGAUAUAAAGAACUCUAUUCAUGUACUCAACGAAAAACGAUUUGAAGCGAAAUUUCUUUUAUACAUGUACAUUGUACAUGCAUUUUCUCGAUUUCCCUACGUUUUUUCCUAAUUAUAAUGAAAACCAUGAUACCUUUAAAUACACUUAGUAAGUAAUUAAGUAGUAAUACUUAAAGUAUCAACUGAAUACAAUUUCCUUUCAGAAAAAGUGCCUACACUUAAUACGUCUGAGCAGGAUUUCUAGUAAUAAAAGUUGUUCAUAGAAUAUUAAACAAAUAUAUAUAAUAAUAGUAAAAAAAAUAAUAAACAUCACUGUAAAACCAAUAUAUGUCUCACUACGCUCCAAAUCUAAAAUAAAAAUUACUUAAUAAAAUUAUUGUACGUAAAACACUAUAAACUAAAUUUAAUUAAUUCGGUACUAGGUAGAUAUUCAUAAGUUAGGAAAACUAUUUAAUUGGUACUUAGGUACUUUCAGUGAUGUAGCCGGGAUUUAUCAAUAGAGGAGUCAUUAGUGGAGAAUCUAAGAGGUUUAUGGGUUUACCUUCUAAACCUUACCUUUAUGCUAAAAAAAUCAAUGUAGUGGAGGGUUACAACACUCAAACUCAACCUGGCUACGUCACUGUCUACUCUGUUUGAAAUCCGAUUUCAACAAAAAUAUAAUAUGGUUUAUGAUUUUAUAAAGUAAAUUAGUUAUUUAGUAGGAUACCUACCUAUCUUAUAUUUAUCAUUUUUUUUUAGUCACUAUAGAGCUUAUAAGGAAACGUUCCGAACACAACGAAGGCGAGAUUGGUACUUUGGAAGAGAUAGCUCUACACCAGGAAGAUAUUACUAAAAUAGAAAAUUUACAAAAUUGGUGUAAGGAUUUGAAAAUAUUACUUUUACAAUCAAAUUUGAUAUCUAAAAUAGGUAAGUAUGAGCCGACUACAUAGUAGUAUUAAUAAGUUCAUGCAAUAGUAUACAAAUUGCACAUUACACAUAGGUAUUCACGAAUUAUAUCAAUACUAUUAAUUAAAUAUACACUACAAUGUACAAUAUAAAUGUAUAUAUAAUUAAUGAAUAUUAAUCAACCAUAGGCGUCUUUACGGAGUAGUGAGGGAUAGCAACUGCUGCUACCACACCAUUUUUAUCAAGGUUAAAAAUCAAUAGCUACUAUAUCCUUUGAGUAAUCUUUAAAAAAAAUACAAUAUUCUUGUUUUUUUUUUUUUUUGUCAAUAAUACCUAUAAUAAUUACACGAAUUUAAAAAUUAUUUCAUCGACUUUAUUGAAUUUGAAGGUACAUAGAGAUCAGUCCACUGAUUAUUUGCAUUUCUAAAUUUGUUCACCUUAUAAUUCUAAUGAACAAUUAACUAGAACCUGAUUGAUGAUAAAUCGACUAAUGAAGUGAGGGACACUUCAUUAGACCACAACUAAAUUAAAAAUAUUAUUCAAUAUGCUUGCUACCCCUUGAUUUUACUUCAAAUGAUGCCUAUAUACUCUACAUAAAACAAUAUUUAUUUUGUAUUUUUCGUCAUAUUUUAGGAAAAGAGUGUAUAAUUUGUUUUGCUUUUAAAAUAUUAGUUCUUUUUUCGAAUUUUAUUUUCUUUUGUAUUAUUACUAGAUAAUAUCGUGUUUAGACAACGUUAAAACAUUUGUUGCUCAUAAAAAUUUUGUGUAAGACGGUUAUUAUGUUACGAACCUAUUUAUAAAACACUCUGCUGUCUCAAUCCAACUAACAGGCAAUAUAAAAAAAAUCUUCCAUACACAGACUACGUAGAACUCCUUUAAUUUUGGUUUUAGAAUAAAAUCACUUGUUAUCAAAUUAAAAGUAGACAAUUUGUGUUUAAAACCUAUGUCUCAUAAGUCUAAUAUAUAAUAAUUAAUACUAUUAAUAUUACCAUUAAUUAUAGAAGUCUAUUCUAUAUCAAUGGUACUUCAUACUACUACCUAUUAUGUCUACGAUUUUUAGUAAUAACAGCAACUUGUCCGUAUAGUCCAUAGAAGUAUUUUUAGGAAUGUACGAACUGUCCACACUGUAUAAAACUCUUAUCGUGAAUUAUUUUGUUUACACAUUUUUAACACUACCAUGGAAUAAAUAUAUUACACAAAUUGACAAAAUUACGUUACAGUUGUCAGUUAUUGUAAAAAUUAAAUUUAACGUUUCGUUUAUUGUACAUUUAAUCGUUAUAUUUUAUAAUAAAUAUAUAUUUCCAAUUGACAAUAAAAUGGAAGAAGAUAUUAAACCAGACAUCAAACCAGUGGUCGUCGAUGAAAUCCCUAAAGAACCUGAUGAUAAAAAAACCAAUUUAUGUGUUGCGUUGAAAAUUCUCAAAAAGUAUAAUUUAAAUUCUACUGCUGAAACGUUGAAAAAAGAAGCAAAUUUGACAGAUCCUGUUUACAACACGUCAGAACUUGAUAUCAAUAAUGCUCUAAAUGUAUAUAAAUCUCAAGGAGAUCCAACUAUAUAUGAAACUGCUUAUAUAACUCUAUCAAAAUUUAUUGACACAUCAUUAGAUAUUUACAAACAUGAGUUAGGUUGUGUUUUAUAUCCUGUAUUUGUGCACAUGUAUUUGGAUCUUGUUUGUAAUGGCCACGAAGCUGAAGCUGUACAAUUUAUGCACAAGUUUGGACCAGGACAAGAAUCAUACUACCAAGCUGACAUCCAAAACUUGGCAAUAGUUACGAAAAAAGAAGAACUAAAUGAUAGUACAUUAAUAAGCAGUUAUAAAUCAAAUGAAUUUGUUGUUCGGAUGUCAAGAGACACAUUAUCUCUUUUGAAACGCCAUCUAAAAGAAAAAAAACAAACCGUCUUGCUGGAAAUUGUUCAAGAAAAUUUAUUUUUUGAUGUUUAUGAAGGGAUAGCUAGAAAUAAACAACAGAUAGAUGCAGUCGCAGGAGGUAUGAUUGGCGAAGGAACUCGACAAGAUAACAAAUAUAAAAUAUUUUAUGGGUUAAUGAAGGAACCAGACUUACAAACGGCAGCUGCCACAGUAAAUUUAGAUGAUGAUGAAGAAGAAACUCAAGAAGGUGAAAAACCAAAAAAAAAAAAAUCUAAGAGCAAUAUUUUAUUAACAAAAAAAACUAAAAUUGAUCCUAAUGCUCCACCUAUGGAUAGGAUGCCAUUACCACAAUUAAGAGAGGUAAAUAUUGAAUAAAACAUAUUAAUAGAAAGUUUUUAGGUAUUCAAGUAUUAACAAGUAAAACGGUAUUAAAUAAUCUUAAAAUGUCUUAGCACUUAGUAAAUUAAAUAAGCUACCUACUUAUUUUUUUUUUCAAUUCAAAAUGUUAAUUUUUUGUAGUAAGUACUUAGACUAUCAUAAUAUAAUUGAUGCAGUUAGGAAGUUAAUGUGAUUUAUAUAAACAUUCCACUAUUUUAGUAAGAAUCAAUUAUAUAUUUAAUGAAACAUAAAGUAAAAAAAAGGGACAAACAUACUUCGCACAUAGACACAGCCACUUUAGUGGGUGGGAAGUUGGGAAGGUAGGAUACAGACGGGAAUUUAAUAUAUAUUUGUAAGCAACGAUAUACCAUUGCUAACAAAUAAAUAUUUCUGAGUGGAGUUUAGUUAGUAGUGUUGCUGUAUCAAAUAAUAUAUAUAUAUAUUAUAUUAUGGUAAAAUGAUUUCAACAAUUUCCAUGACAACAAUGAUUGUUUAAAAAAGAUUAAAAUAAUAAAAACUUAAUAAUGACGACCUUAUUUUUAAUCUUUCAAUCUUUUCUAACCUAAAGCACCAGGUUUUCCUCGUUAUUUUAAAUAUUAAUGAGAAUUUCAAAAAGUAACAUCUCUAAAGUACUACCCAGAGAACAUUUCCUUCCAUAAAAGGUGUUAUAUUUGAUAAUUUGAGUAAGCUUUCUGAUAAAAAAAAGUGUUUACAUAAAAAAAAAAAAUCAUUACAAACCCUAAUACAUUUCUAGCUCUAUUCAGAAUCUAAAAAUUAUUUAAAAUAAUAGUGAAAUUUGAUGAAAAUACGUUAUUUAGACAUCCAUUCAUGAAAUGUACAAUACCUAUAUUGUACACUUAAUGUAAUUAUUAUUAUUAUUUAAACUAUACAAAAAUAUAACAAUAUAUUAUAUUUUUAAUAAACCAUACAUAUUAUUUAUAAAUAAGAAAGAUAGAUAAUAAAUACAUUUUAAUUAUCUUUAAAUUAUGAAUUAUACAUUUUUUCUACUUAUUUUAUAAUUUAUUUUUGCACGACAGUUAGUUAUGAUACCGACAUUGUGUAUUAUUUUUAAAACAUGCUCAUCUACUUGAUUGACAAGGAGUUUCUGGUCUGUUAUUUUUUUUCCAAUUUUAUAUUUAUAUACAUAGGUAUCCUAUAAGGAGCCAUUUGUUUAAUAAUUGGAUGUGAUAUUAACAAAAUUUAAUUUGAUUUCUCACCUAAUAUAGAGUACAGGUGCAACAUUAUUAUCUUUAUUGAUAUAAAAAAGUAUGGUUUAUAUAAUUUAUAAAUAAUGUAAAUAUAUUUUAUAAAAUAUAAUUCAUUGUUAUAUUUUUGUAUAACUUAAAUAACUUAUAAUAAUUACUCAUAUGUAAAAUUAGGAGGUACUGUCUAUUUCAUUAAAUAGAUGUUUAUAUAUUGUAUUUUUGUCAAGAUUCAUGAUCUGCACAACCAGUUCAUUAAAUGAGCAAUUUCACUAUGUGGAUGCAACAUACGUUAACUAAAUAUUUUCCAAUUGUACCAUUUUUAAACACAAAAAUGUACAUUAUAUUUAAUACUAAUCAAAAUUAGUCUUAUAGGUUUCUAUUUAAUUUUUAAAUAAGUUAUUUAAUUAUUUUUUGUUUUAAGUAGAGAUAUCUGGAUUCAAAAUUAUUUAUUUUAGAAAUAUUAGAACUACUACAGGAAGCACUUAUUUAAAAAAAAAACAAUAAUGUUUUUAAAGAAAAUUUUGUUUUUCAGAUUGAUAAAAAAAUAAAGGUUCAAGCAGUUUUAGAUUCUUCCAAAAGAGUAGCAUUAGGUCCAGAAGCAUUGCCAUCUGUAUGUUGUUAUACAUUAUUAAAUUGCUCCAAUGGUGUAAAUUGUGCAACAAUUAGUGAUGAUGCAACAAUGUUAGCUGUUGGCUUGGUUAAUAGUCGAGUGCGAGUUUGGAGCCUAGUACCUCAAAAACUUCGUGCCAUGAAAACAGCUGAUCAACUAUUGGACAUUGAUCUUGAAGCAGAUGAUGUAAUGCAUAGAAUUCUUGAUGAUAGGUCAGCUGAAAGCACUCGCACUUUGCUCGGACAUUAUGGUCCUGUAUAUCAAGUGUCAUUUAGUCCGGAUAAAACACUAUUAUUGUCAUGUUCAGAAGACUGUACGAUUAGACUUUGGAGUUUAUUAUUGUGGACAUGUGUAGUAGCAUAUAAAGGAAGUUAUCAUCCAGUGUGGGAUGUAAAGUUUAGUUUACAUGGUUAUUAUUUUGCCACUGCUAGUAGAGAUCGCACAGCAAGAUUAUGGUCAACAGAUAAUUAUCAGUCAUUGCGAUUAUUUAGUGGACAUUUUUCUGAUGUAGACUGCUGUCAGUUUCACCCAAAUUCUAAUUAUAUAGCAACUGGAUCAAGUGACAGAACCGUACGUGUAUGGGAUUGUGUCACAGGAGAACAAGUGCGACUAAUGACAGGCCAUAAAGGUGAAAUUUUAAUAUUAUGUUUUUCAAAUGAGGGACGGGUAUUAGCGUCCGCUGGUAAUGAUUGCAAUAUUAUUCUAUGGGAUAUUGCUCAUGGACACUUGGUAGCUAUGCUUACUGGACAUACAGGACCUAUUUAUACACUUACUUUUAGUAGAGAUAGUACCAUUUUAGCAUCUGGCUCUCAUGAUUGUAAAGUUAUGCUGUGGGAUUAUACAAAAAUUGUAGAAGACCUAUCACUAGAUGACAUGAGUGUACAUAAUCCAAUUAUUGUCGAUAAUAGUAAAAAUUACUUACUUCGAUCUUUUGGUACAAAAAACUCACCGGUCAUUCAUUUAUUUUUUUCAAGACGAAAUAUUAUGUUUUGUAUAUGUUCAUUCAAUUCUAACCAAUCUAGCUAGCUUUUAUUUAAGUACAAACUUUAUAUGUUAAAAUUAUUUAUCCAUUAUUUUUUAUAUAAAGUAUAAUAUAUUUUAUGCAAAAAAAAAAAAAAAAUUAAAUAUAUUUUUGUAAGGAAAUUAUAUUGUUCUUUAUUAAGGUAUUUGUAAGUAUAAUUUUAUAAAAUGUGUUUUUAUAUGUUGAUAACCAAACUCAAAUUUUAUUCUUUUAUUUAAAUGUAAGUAAAAUCAGAGAACAAUUUUUCUAAUUUAUUGUUGUAAACAAGUGUACCAUUAAUAUUAAUGUUGUUAGAAAUUAUUAACAAAUAAAAUGUUUCCCUUUGAUAAGGUGAAUGAAUUUAAGAAUUUGUAUGAUACCUAUAAUAUAUAUUUUAUAAAAUUAGGUGAUUUGUAUUUUGAGAAGAAAGAUUUAAUAGUUUGCAUAUUAAUCUUAAUAUACUAUAACUAUGUUCAAUAUUUAUGUUUUAUGCAAUCAAUUUAUGUUUAUUUAAACAUCAAUCGGAAUCCUUUUUUGUUAAAUAUAUGAAAAUGAUUAAAAUCAGACAUAAAGUACCUAUUUAAUACCUAUAGUUUUCAUUACUUAAAUAUAAGUAAAUCUUCUUGUGUGGUUAGCAAAACGUGUAUUCCUAUCGCUAUUCAGUACUUUAUGAAAUAAAUGUCUCAAUAUGUCUGUUCUUCAUACAUGUCUGAACAAUAUGUAGGGAAUGUCUGGUUGCUCAAAUUGCAGAUCGGAGGAGAAAAUACUGGAGAGAUAUAAUAAGAAUUUUAAAUGUGGAUCAAAACAGCAGCAAAGCAAGAUUACUAAAGAAGUUGAAAAGAAAGUGUAAACACCAAUCUCUCAAACUAACAUAACUACAAAUGAUCUAGUUCAUUAGAUCAUCAUGAGUAGUAAAACAAAAAGAACAUAGAAAACUGAUAAAAACAAACCAAUAUUUUUGGAACUCCUGUUGAAUGCUGGGGAUUGAAACAGAAAUAUGGGAUCUAAAAUUACAAAAGGAGCAGGAGUUGAAAAUUUAAUAGUAAUGGAACAAAUUAUACACUUUGAUUAUACACUAAUUAUACAUUAAUUAUCUGAUGAAUUCCCAAACUUACCCGGUAAAAACCAAAUAUAAGUAAGCAUAUUUACUCAAAAGAAAAUGUAUAGUACUAAUCUUCUCAAAUAAUAUCUUACAACAAUGAUUUUCAGUUGUCACAACUAAAUAUUAAUAACAAAAAUUAAAAACUGAUUCAUUUAUAAUUUUAUUACACAUUUAAAGUAAGUAGGUGUCUGUUAAGAUAUUAAUAUUAAUUUUUUUUUAGUUAUAAGUUAUACUUAUAAAAAUGUAUACUUAGUGAUUAGGUACCUAUCUACAGUAUUUUUAUUAGAUAUAAAUACGUGUGAUCACAGAGGUUUAUCUAAUGUUUUUUUAGGUGCAGCAAAGCACAAUACUCUUCGAAAACAUUUUUCAGGCCCAUCAAAUAGAUUCAAAAGUUUAUUGUGGUACGUACCUCUGUGAUACUACUAUUAAGAAUAAAGGAUACAUUAAACAACUGUGAACGUGUUAAUUUUGAGCAUGUAUCAUAAUCGUUAUUCUAAUGUAAAUAUAUUCCAAAGAUACAUAUCGCCAAACAAGCUCUUUUUAAAUAAUGUAAUUCAAUUUUAAUUUCAAUAUACUACAUAAUAUAUAUUACCUAUUCAAUAUAAUCGAUUUCAGUAAUUACAAUUAUUGCAAAUAUGAAAUAUCACAAUAUUUAAUAGUAAUAAGUUAUUAACAAAGAUCUACUUAUGUGAUAGGAGGUAGGUAAACAUUUAUUGUUAUUUUAAUUGAAAUUUGAAAUUGUCACAUUUUAAGUAGGUAGAUAAUAGUUAAACGUUUAUUAUAAGAAAUAAUAAUAAUACAACUAUUAUUAAAAAUAACAUGUUUACUGUUUAAAUACAUAUGUUAUACACUUGUUUUUUUGUACAAAUAAUAAUUAUUUUAAUUACACAAUGGUUUUUUGGAAAAUUAAUGGGCUAUUCUAAUUUCAAUCUAUGUAUUUUAAUUAUGAUAUAGGAACUUAAAUUUAUAUUGUUUUUGUCAUUUAGAUACUGGACGAAACCAAUGGCGCCGAAGUAGUUUAAAAAUACUCUGACAAACAAGGCAAUACCUACUGUAUUAUACUAUUAUUUUUUUUUUAUAGGCUUCUUUGAGAGUAAUUUAUUACAUAAUUCAUAGUACUAUUUUUAUAGUUAUAUUUUCUACAAAUACUACUCGUAUUAUGUUUAUUUAUCACCACUCAGGGCCGUAUUAUAGGACAUAGGCUAAUAUUGUCGUUAUCCAUACAUUGUUUCUCAUAUCUCCGAUCCAUUUUUUCCUCAUUUCUGGUUGUUUUUCAUAUUGGUUUUUUUUCGUUCAUUCUUAGGUAUAUUAAUUCAUUUUUAACUUUCUCUGUCCAAAGAAUUUUCAAUUUUCUUCUCCAAUACCGUGUUUCAAAUGCUUCAAUCCUUUUUCUUUUCGCUUUGAGUAUCGUCCAUGUUUCUGCCCCGUAAAGGGCUAUACUCCAUACAAAACUCUUUAUAAGAGUUUUUCUGAUAUUUAAGCUAACAGUGUUUGCCGUGAGUAGGUUCCUCUUCUUGUAGAAUGCCUGUUUUGCUUGUGCUAUUCUGUACUCUUAACAGCUAUCAUUCUCAAUUUGUUAACAUGUUGCCUAAUUCUUCUUCACUUUCUGCAAUUAUUGCUAUGUCGUCUGCAAAACGCAACAUUUAUACUAGCAUACCAUUGAUUUUUAUUCCUCCAAUCUCUUCUCCCUUAAUUUUUUUAGAGUAUUUUCAAUAUACAGGUUAAAUAGUGUUAAAUAAUGUACGUAUAAAGCGUGAGGUAUUAUAUCGCAUAUAUUUUUUUGAACUCUAUUAUAUAUACUACACAUUAAAGAAGCACCAUCGUAGCCUUGACCGACUAAAUUCUUCUUUUUUUAAACCUAAUUUCUCUAUUUUAAACAUUAUUGUAUGGGCUUAUCCUUUUCCUGAUGUGUCAUAAAUAGGAAUAAACGUUAAAAAAUCUUCCCUAAUACGACCAUCUUCAAUGUACCUUACAUAUAGGAACAUUUGUUCUAUUCGUGAUAUGUCGCAAGUUUCAUUCGCUACAAUUAAAAAAAAAAAACAGCUUUUUAAUUUUAGUUACUAUCAGCAUAAAUGGAUGUACUAAAAAUAUGUAUAACUCGUUUUAUAUAAGAGGUUUUAUUUUGACAGAAUUAGCUGCUGCUUUUUCUAAAUGGGCUUUCAAUGUUAAAUCUCCAGAUUGUACUCUAAAUCUUAACAACGAUCUGAAAUUGCCAUCAUUGCAGCACUGCUGCUAAAAAUAGCUCCACUGUCAUUAUCUCCCCUUAAUGCUACUUCCUGAUGAUCACAAAAAACAAUUGUUUCGAUAAUUUGAACCAGUUUAGCUCGAUUUUCUAAAGUUUAGUUUUUGUAUGCUGAAUCGAUAGCUAUAUAAAUGGCGGGUUUUUUAAAAUUCAUCUACGCGUAUAACACACAAUUUAUGGUAUUCUGCGUUAGAAUGUAAUUUAAAACAUCCUAAAGCAUCUUUUCAUUUAAUAAAAGGUUUACUUACUAAAGCACCCACAUUUUGAUUUGAACCUUUUCCGAUGCAAGCAUUAGAAAAAAAAAUACAUAUUUUACUUAAUGCCCGUUCUAAUUUCUUCGAAUAAACUAACCAAGAAAACUGUGUUAACGAAGACAAUUAGAAUUUUAGUUUUCUUUUUGAUAAAACUGGAAAAUUAUAAUUUGAAGAGGGAAGCCAUUUUUUAAUAAAUCGUAACUUAAAUUUAUCUUCAGUUAUUCUAACAUCUACAUACUGUCCAUUAUUUAGAAGUUCUGGUAAUUCUAGAGUUCUUCCUAUUACACCAUUUUCAGUAGUACACAUACACGGAACUUCUGCUUCUGUAGUAAUUAAUUCUGAAUCCAAUUCAACUUGAUUAUUUUUCUAAUGAAAAAAAUGAAAUAUUGACGACUAAGUUGGUAUACAUCCUUUUAUUUUUCAAGAAAUGUAUAAAAUAUGUAACAGUAAAUUAAACAGAUACACAACUGUGUUAUUGAGAAACAGAAAUCGGAAUUAAAUGAAAUGCUCGUUAUACAUUUAUGUUAUUACUCAAUACUUCUGAAAAACAGACUGAACUUAUAACUAGUGAACAAUAAUUUUUGCUAUAAACCAAUUAAGUAUUAUUAUUAUACUCACAAACACAUACACAUUUGUAGUUAUAAACCGAAAAGUCCGUCGUCCGACAAGAUUGCAAUAACAUAAUAUAUACGUUUGUCAUUUUCUAAAAUUUAAAAUAACGUGUAAUGAUAAGUGGAAAAUUGGAAAAUUUACAAAUACCUAAAUAAACUGUAGUUGUACAAUUAUACAUACAAUUUUUAGUUAGUUUUUGUUUCGAUUUUAAAAAAUUCGGGGGAGGGUUUGAACCCCUACCCCCCUCUGUAUACGGGCUUAUACUCGUAUGUACAUAUUAUAUAAAGUCUAAUACCUAACUAUUGACAGCAUAAAAUGAUAUCUUCAAGUAUAUUUUUUUUUAAACGAUCAAUUAAAAAUAUGAAUAACAAAAUUUUAAACAUAUCUACCUACCUACCUAUAUUUCAUAUUUAAAUUUAUUUAUUCAAUUUUUUGGAUUAACGAUUCAAAUCGAGCGUAUUUAUGUUUACAUGCCUCAAUUUAUCGAAUUAACUGGAUUCGUAUUGAAUCAUUUCGAAUUAAGAUACGAGUAUACCUGCACGUCUAAAAUAUUAUUAGUAUAAUACACUUCCACCAAACCAGUUUAACGUUGCAACAGUUUAAACCGAUUUACUGAUAACGUUUGUAAUUAUUAUUCUUUAUCACAAGUACCUACCGCAAUUCUGAUUCAGUUGUUGUAAUGUGAUCCGUUUACAUGCAUUUUGUACUCCCGUUGUUAUUUUCAAUGCGCAUUUCAAAUGUGAAUUAACUAAACCGUUUUAACAGCCGUUUACAUGCAUUUAAUUGAUUCGAAUUGAGUCAGAACGGUUUUAGCUGUGCAUGUAACCGUAGUAUAUACUAAGACCCCGGUGGUAAUUCGAUAUCGUUAUAUUAUCUGGAAAAAUUAUCGGACACGGACAGAAACAUGUUCAAAAAAUUCUGAUAAUAACAAUGUUUAUACUUUUGUAAUUAUUUUUCCGACAAAAUUUGAUGAACUUUUUCAAUUAUACCUCUGUAGUUAUCGUAUUGCUGUGAGUAUAUACUUACAGGUGUAGGUACUUAAUAACAUCGCUUGUCCCCGUAGGUAUAGGUAUUUAUAUUAUUUUGGCAUUGUUAUAAUGAUGUACAUAAAAUAGAAAACACGUGAUUAUAGUAUAUUAUUAUUAUAGGUACUUAAUUAUCUUAUCUAUUUUUAAUUGUUUGAACGAAUAUAAAAUACAUUUUUCAUUACUAUUUACUCAUAUAUCUAUGUAUAAUACGCGUAGUAGAAUAGGUAGAUACGUUUCGCAUGAACAAUUGUAAUUUUUAAAUUUUGGUUUCCUUUAGACAAACCUUUGAUAUACCUAAACCAAUACUGUACCUACACGGAAUUAUUUCAAACAGAUUUUGAAGAAAAAUGUCCUGAUGGUUUAUACGUAAGAAUAAAGUCGAAAAUCGGGGGCGAAAUGACAAUCGUCUAUAAGAACUAGAAGAUACCUACUGUCAUUACUGCCCACGCCGUCGGUUCCCCAAAUACUGCAAAAACUUCAAAAUGUAAAAUCGGAAUUCCGCUUCUCAAGUCUACUUUUGCGCUCGUCCAUAAGUCACACGAAAGAACCGGAAAUAACGACCGAAGUAUCGAUGAUUAUAUUCGCAUUAUUUUUAAGACUUUUUUCCCGGUCAUAAAAAUACCUAUUAUUAUAAUGAUAAAUUGCCCACGCUCAAUUUAACAGCGCCUACAGAUUAUAUCAAUAUCCGUAUUCCAUGGGAACUGGAUUGUGUCGCCUAAAAAUGACGUAUUUUUCCAUACAAAAUACGCUGGUGUUCUGUGAAUAUUAUAAUAUCGUUACUUUUUGUUUCGGAAUCCGGAAUCAAUAACACGCGGUAGUUAUUUGUUUAACGGCCGUGACAUUUAAUUGUACUGGUUCGACUCAAAAUCGCUUGCCUACUGUAAUAACUAGAUAGGUAUACGCACUUUUAAACCGUCAUCGCAGAGCACCUAUAAAUCAUACGCCUAUGUACCCACGUGUCACAACCCACCUAAUAGGUAUAAAUUUAAAAUUAUAACAAGUCAAGUUCACGAGAUAUAAUUUACAAUUUUGAUCAGCUGUAGAUAUUCGAUUAUUACACACGUUUGUUACAGCUCUAUUAUGUUAAUGUGUUGGUACGAGAAUACGAAGGGAACAUUUUUUAAAUACCUACUUAUAUCUAUGGAGUUCUGUCAAAUGCAAUAACUUUUGUUGUGUUCAAUAUUGUUUUUUAAGGUUUUUCUUUUUUGUAAUUACUAUAGUAUUUUGCUAUGGUUUUUAAAUUUUAUAUUUUUCUUAAAACAAACCAUUUAUUUACAAAAUGUUGAUUUUAUACAAAUUUUUAAUAACGAUCAGUUAAUUGUUUAUAAUUUGUAUAAAGUUUAAGAAAAUCAUUUACAAAAUUAGUUUGCAUUGAAAAAUUGGUGAUCGAUUGAUAUUAUUUAUUAAUGGCAAUAAACAAAUAUUUAAACUAUCAUACAUUUUACAAAAUUGUAGAACAUUAACUACCGAUCAUUAGUAAAGAUUUUGUUUCAAAAUAAAUUUAUAUAAUGGCUUUAUAAUAGAUUUUGUGAACAAAAUUAAAUAGGUAAUUAAUUUUUUAUUUAAAAAAUAUAUGAAACGUUUAUCACAAAACUCAAUGCUCUAGUAAUUAUCAUCAAAAAGAACAACCUUAAAAAUAUUGAGCAGAACAAAAAUAUUGCAUUUAUCAGAUCCCUGUAAAUUGUUAUAAGUACCUAUGUUGUAGUCACUUCGUGAGUUCCAUAUUUCCAUGAUAUGGAAACGGCUUUUUCAUAUUUUGUGAAAUUCCGUUUUACGAAAUUGUUACCUAAUUUUUCAUAGGUCUGGUCAGAUGCGCCCACACUCCUUAUCAAGUAGUGCACUUGCUGGGGUGUUGGGAACAAUUGUGUAGGAAUUGUUAGUUGACAUGUACAAAUUACAAAUUAUAUUGCUAUUACAAUUCAUAUUAGAAUAAUCCAAUUUAUAAGUUUGUUAGUUAUUUUUGAACCUGUUAUUUUGUGAGUGGUCGCAUUACUAUCUACUGCAUGGGUUAGAAGGAAAUGUUUGGGAGCCACUGGAUCUGGUCGUCUGUUAUUAUUGGUUGACGAAUUAUUUCCAUAUGGAGUUUAGACAAUAUAACGUAAUAUUUGUGGAGCGUCACAUUAAAUAUUAGGUACUGUUUUCUCGACCGUCAAAUUAAAUAACAAUAAUAAUAAAUCAAAUCCAACAAUACGAUAAAGCGGAGGCCAAAGAUCAGACUAAUACCUAUAUAUAAACAUAACAGUAACCCCGAAUUACAUAUUUUAUUCCCGGACACGGUAAUAAUUGUACCGUAUAAUUAUAAAUAUGUAACGUGGUAUUGUUGUGUAUCUAUAAUAAUCGUGUUCAUGGUUUGACAUUUUAGUGCCGGGAUCUGAUAGGAAAAAAAACAAGAUUGUAUUUCGAUAAAUACACAAGUAUUGUAUACCUACUGUGUGUAACUUAUUUGUAUAAUAUUCGACUAACUCGAAAAAAAAAAAGAAUAGAUCGAAUUCAUAAUAUAUGCACAAUAUUCCGCUUUUUUUCUUUUUUACAUAAUAACGCUUGUGAAUUUUUUUUGAUUAUGAACAAAAUAUACUCAGAAACAGAUGUCAUUGUACUACAUACUGCUGUCGGAACAUCGCGUGAUACACUUCUCUGGCGCUGCGUGUAGUUAUUACAAAUUAACAUUCAUAAAAUAAUAUAACAUAAUAUAUACCAAAUAAUUGAUAACUAUUAUUGUACAGCCUAUACGAACUUAGAUAUUGUGUAAUAUUAUUUCGUAACGAGUUUUCUACACGUUUUAAUAUUAUAUCUUUGAUACCGGGGAAUUUUUGGAAUUUUUUUUAGAAUUUCGUUUAUUAUAUAUUUUCUCUGUAAUUUUUUGGUCUAAAAUUACAUAGGAGUAUGUUAUUAUAUGGGUAAGAUUAGUGCCUGUUGUGUAGAUAAAUUAGUAUUUCGUAUAUGUACAAUAAGUGUAAUGUAUUUUCAACAUUUAAUUUGUUUGUAUUGAAAACUACAUAAAAUCGAUGCCCCUCUUUUCUGACACCAAAGGUAUAUAGGUAAUAUCAGUAUUCUUAUCAAUUUUCUGUCGGUACCUUAUACAGGGUAUUUUAUAUUUUUCUCGUGGUUUUUUUUUAUGCUAUUUAUUUUAGGGAAAAAAGGUAUUACAUUUAUUGUUCAUAAUAUAUUAUAGAUUUAAUAAGUGAGUAAUAUUAUAUCAUAGUGUAUAUUUUUAUUUGUUUUGGAAAAUUAUCUGAGAGUAUACCAACGUAUACUUGUACUUAUGAUUUUUCCACAAAAUGUUGAGUAUUUAUGUAGUAUACCCUAUGGGAAUAUCACUGAAUAUUAUUAUUUUGACGGUAUGCGAUGACGAUGGUGAUUUCAGAAAAUUUGAACAAAUUAAAGCAAUUGGAAUAUUUGAAUUUAGCGUUGAAUUGCAUCGAGAAAAUUGAAAAUUUGAAUAGGUGCGAAUCGUUAAACAAAUUGGAUUUGACCAUGAAUUUUAUCGGCCAGCUCACCAGCGUCGAAUCGUUAAAAGACAACAUACAUUUAAAAACGUUGUGAGUAAUAAAACAAUAUUAUAUUAUAAAUAGAAUUAAUAAUAAUUAUUGUAUUUGCACAAUAGUAUAUAUAGUGCCUAUCAUAUAUAGUAUAAUAUUAUAUUUUUACCAUACGAUUCAUACGCUCGUCCCUUGUGAUAUAGAAAAAAAAACAAAAACAAAAAAAAAACAUUAAUUUUGACUCUCAUACUGGGCGUGCAUAAUAUAUACAGAGUGUCCCACGGAAAUCUCACAGAUACAAUAAUUUUUGUUCUGCUGUAUAUUUGUAGGUUACUUCUUUUCUUAUUUUUUUAAUAAUAAUAGCAGUAGCUAAAAAUAACAAAUUUAAAUCUAUAAAACAUUUAUAUAUUUAUUUUAAAUCAACAUGUAGUGUUACAAAAUGUUACCUAUGAUUAUAUUAAAUAUUAUCAAUGACUUUUUCUAAUUUUCUAAAACUUUUUGAACUUAAUAAAAAUCAUUAACAAAAAAAUUGUUCAUGGUUAGUUUGGCAAAUUAAUUGAUAUUAUUUAGUUAUUUGAAAACAAUUUAAAUGAUCAUAAACUUAAGGAAAAAAAAAUAUAGGCAAAAAUUAUUGGAUUUUUUAUCAGAUCUUCGCUGCAGUAUAAUAUGCGGUAUGUAUCGUAUACAAUAUAAUAUAGGUACGUGGUGUAUAAUAUAUUUAUGUGUAAUUACAUUUUUUUUUUUUCUUUAAUCGUCAUUAAACGGAGUCCGUUUAUAAUUAUAAAACAAUUCCAAAUUGAUUAAACACAAACGACGGCGGAGUUUACGAUGAAUUUGUAUAAAUUAUAAUAAAUACAAUAUAGCACUGUACACGCGAAACGAAAGAAACAUUGUACGUAUAUAACUAUGCGUAGCGUGCAAGUUUAUUAAUUGUAUCGAGACGAUCUGAUAAUAUACAUUAUUGUACUUGGAUAUUUCGAAUGUUAAUUGAUCCUUAUAUGGAGUAAUAUUUAAUAAAUAAUAAUAAUUGGUUACAAUUUUAUAUUUUAAACGAAAGACAAAUAUAAGUAUAUAUUAUAAUAUAAUUGUAAUCAUAUUUACAGCAAUUAUUCUAUUUUAGAUUCUGCAUUAAGUGCAAACUGCAUUCUGUGCUAUACUAUAGCGAAAACACUAUUUUAACAAUACUUCUAUAUGUUUUAUUCGUAUGAUAUGUAAAAUUUUAAAAUAAAAGAUUUCGCAGGAUGGUAUUUUAUUUAAACAUUUUUUUUUUUUCGAGAUUUCUGACAGUUUUUUGAAAAAAAAAAACUGGCAACAAUAAAUUAUGUAUGGGUUUUAUUUUUGUUGUUUACUGCAGGUUAAUUAUACUUACUUAUGGAAAGGGAAAAAGCAUGACUAAUAAUAUUAUCGGUUUACCGAACUCUGUUCAGAACCGUUUAUUUCAUUAUAAUGGUUUAUCGUGGCUUUUAGUACAUAAAUUAAAUUUAGUAAGUAUUCUUACAAUAAUUGCAAGGAAUGUCUGUCUUUUUAAUUUUUUAUAGUAUUAUGUUUCGACUAGGUAUUAGAAAAUUAUGGUGUUUAACUUAGUAUACCUAACUAUAUAUUUAAUAUAUUAUUGUUGAAUAGGUAACAACAAUUAUUUGAUUUCCAUUAAUUUGUAUACAAUUGUAGCGUAAAUAUAGGUAAAUGCGUUAUUAUUAUUAUUAUGGAACCAUACCAUUUUAAUUUCGAUUUGAAAAUCGUUGGUAAAAUAUGUUAUAUGUCUAUACGCACAGUAAUGAUUCCACCAAAAACCAAAAUUUGUCUGUUAUAUUUUAAUUGUUCAAUGCAAAUUACAAUAAUAUUUUUUAGAUAUCUCACUGGAAAUCCUUGUACCGAUUACGACGGAUAUCGCGAGUUUGUCGUGGGCACUUUACCGCAAAUCGACUUACUCGACGGAGUAGAAGUGAGUCACCACGACAAACUUGUUGCCAAACAACUGUUGUCGAAUGUCAAGCACAAGAUUAUCUCUCAGCAAGACUUAUAUGAAAGUAAAACGAUUGAUUAUUUUAUUCACGAUAUCAUAUUAAUAUGAUAGCGUUAUUGUAUAUUUAGAUAACGGGGAUACUUAUAUAUUUAAAUUUUGUUUGUAUGCAAUUACAAUUACCUACUUUAAUAAUAUUAUAAUACGUAACAGAAUCUAGAUUAGAACGGAACAAAUCGUCGAAACCAUUAAAAAUGAUCGAUGAAACAUCGAGUAUGACCGAUGAUGACGACGAAAAAUCAGAACAAGAGUACGUGUACUUGUAAAAGUAGCUUUAGAUUUAAUCGUUUUAAAAUUUAGAUACAUUCACUACACCUUCACUUUUUAAUAUAUUUGUACGUAUGGCUACCCUCUAAAAAUGCUUAUGUCAAUAUUUAAAUAUAGGUACUUAUAUGAAUUAUUUAUAAUCGUUUUUAUACACUUUUAAAAGUCAAUUAACCACGUGAGUAGGUUAUUAUUACAAUAUUGUAGUUCUUAUUUACGUGUUAGGUUUUUUUUUUUUUGUCAUAUUUUUUAUCAUAACCUACUAUAGUUUUAUUAUAAUAUGUACUUACGUUAUCGUUUGCGAUACGUAACUUAUCGUAUGUACCGAUAAUAAUAUUGUUUCAUACAUCUUCUAUAUGUACAAUUAAAAUAUUUAUUUUUUUUUUAAUAAUAAAAAAACGAGAUAAAUAGCUUAAUUCGAGAUACAGAAUACAUAUAAUAUUAAUAUAUAUAUAUAUAUAUACUAUUUAUAAAAAAAAAACCGAUAAGUUGAAAUUUACAUUCAUACAAACUAUACUGAAUAUAUACAGAGUGUGUUAAGAUAAUUUCAGAAUGUACAUUAUGUGUAUUUAUGUCUUCCUGUAGAUUCCGGGAAAAUAAUCGAGAUCAUAUAAAUGUCUUUAAAUGGGGAUUUUUUUUUAAAUUUUUGUUCAUUCACCAAUAAGCUUGAAAUUUAAUAGGAAUUUUAAUAUCAAAUUUUGACAAAAAAAUUAUGUGGAACAAAUCUAAUUUUUCAAUUUUUUUUUUUUUUUGAACAAUGUUUUUGAAAUGUAGGUACUAGUAAAAAAAAUAAUAUGACCUUUUUUUCUGUUUACAACUUUUCUACCAGCGAUUUCGUUCUGCUUUAAAAUGAUAGCACUUUUUCUGUACAUGAAAUCUGACUGGGAAGGUAUUUAGAGAGGUGAUUUUUCGAUUUUCCCAGGAGUUUGGUAUAAUAUUAUUAACAAAUAUUAUUAAAGGAAAUAUAUAAUGUAUAUUUAGUUAUUUUACCAUAAUAUGACUUAUGUAUAUAUUGUUGACAAAGCAUCACUAUCAACUGAACUGCACUCAAAAUCAUUUUUUUGUUAGCAAUGGUUUAUCGUUGCUUACAGAUAUACAUUAAAUUACCUAUAACAGUGGCUGCACCCGUCUCUAUUAUUCUAAGACGUCUUUUUAUAUAUACAUAAUUGAUAUCCAGUUACUUAUAUAAACAGUAUAGGUACCAAUAAAUCAUAAAAAAGAAGAUACGGUAAUAUUUCGCACGAUGGGUGGGCCACUGUUGUAGGUGAGAAGUUGGGAAGCUAGGAUAUAGAGGGAAAUUUAAUUUAUAUCUGUACGCAAUAAUUUAUCUUUAAAAACGAUUCUGAGCAGAGUUUUCUUAUACGUCAUGUUUUGAAAAUAAAUCUAUGAUUUGAAAAUAAUAAGUUAGCAAUACGUUUCGUAAUUUUUCCUAUUUAUUAUGAAAACUCCUUGGAAAAUCAAAAAAUUACCUCUUUAUAGAGAAAUCGGGUAAAUUUCCUUUUAGUGUUACAUUUGAAAAUCGGAUUAAAAUUUCUGGUAGACAAGUUGUCCACGGAAAAAAAAAACAUCUUUGUAAUAUCAAUAAUUAUAUUAUGCUCGUUCCGCUCAGAAUCUAAAAUACUUAAAGUUUUCCAUGCAAGGCACAGGAUAUCGAUAAUAUAAUAUAUUAGGAUCGAACAAAUUGGCGGGAACGCUAUAAUGCUGUUUUAGUGUUAUUGUUUUGUUUAAUAAUAUAAUAUCAAUGUCAAACGCGUAUAAUUUACGAUUACCUAUACAGUUUUUGGAAUCAACCCAGCGAAAACACUCCGGAAUGUCGCGUGGCGAUGGCGCUUCACACCAGACGGGCUCAACGGAGGCAAGACGAGGCGAAAAAAACACCGACGGUCGAAAAACGGCCGGUGAAAUUGUUCGCCGACGACGGUCGUCCGUACAACAUGAACCGAGCGAAAUUACCGUACGAAUUGGACAACGCGCACGACAGAUACGUACUGACCGUCCAGGUUUACAAGUAAUUAACACCGGCAUUAUAAUAUUAUAUUUCGUUUUAUGUGUAUGUGUCAUGACGUGCUGUCCCACACGACUCUACUCGUGUCAGUAUUUGAACGAAAAAACAAAUGGUAAAAAAUAAAAGCGCAUUUCUCCGCUACAUUCUGUUUCCAUCCCCGUGCCUAUAUACGCGUAUAUGCAUGCCUAUCACUUACUACAGUUAUCACUGAUUUGUUGCCCGUGAAUUUUUAAAAGCGCAUUUUCCUGCCCGUGCCAAUCAAAUUGUGUAAUUUUAACGGUUUUUUUUCUGUCCGUGUGACACCAAGCGUCGGUCAUCCCAUUAUUGGGGCGGAUUUCCCAAAAACAUUUUCUUAGUGGACGCCAACGUCGUAAAAAAAACGGGUAGGUUUUGAAUUUUUAUUAUGCAUGUAUUUAAAUACAAAAUAUAAAAGUUAUGUAACCCCAGCGGUUUUGGCUGUACGCACAGACGCAACUAAGGGGGGGGGGGUGGAGUGCUAGAUGGUCUUUAGCACGCAAAAGUUUAAAAUUAAUACCCCAAAAUACCCAAUUAGUUGUUUUAUAAUAUAGAUUAAAUAUUUUAUUUAUAUAUUUCAUAAUUAAUAAGCCGAACAAAAUACAAAUUACAUAUAGACAUUGUAUUGCCUUUAUCGGUCUGUGAUGUGUCUUUAAUUCUAGCACCCCCAACGUGCUAAAGUCAACCAGUUAAAACUAGUCUUCUCACGUGUAUAGAUAUAUAAUAUAAUAACAUUAAUGAAAUAUUAUUCCGGAUAAAUAAUUCGGCUAUAAAAUACAAUGGUGUUCCCAUAGGGUAUAGUAUCAAGAUUUUUUUUUUUUUAAAUCACGGGUAUAAAUGUAUAAUGCUCCUGAGUGAUGAAUUUUCGAAAAAAAAAAAAAAGCUAAUGUUUUUGUAGCAGGCGAUUCAUGUCUUUAUUGAAAAUCUAAUAUAACAAUAUAACAUAUUUUUGGUACGGAUAAUAUUUUCCCCCGACGAAAACUGUGCACUACGACGACGUUGGUUGUUUAUCACCAACAUUAAUAAUGUAUAAUUUUAUACAAUUAACUGGCAAUACCGACAGACGAUAAUAAUUUUGCAUGCAAUAAAAUGCAUGUCCUUUGUUAUCGAGACUAUGUUGUUAUACUUAAUAGUAUAGUAAUAUUAAAAUACUCAAAUCUAUAAAAUAUAUAAUAAUAUAGAUAAUAAGUGAAAUGUAAUCCACAAUAGACCAAUUUUUUUUUAAAACAUAUUUAUUUUUGUUAAAAUUAUGCUGAGAAUGCCCUCAAAAAAUUUGUUGCAAACAUCACUGCUAUAAAAUAUUAUUAUUAUUAUUUUAAUUAGUAGUUUAGUGUGUCGCGUGUACUUCGAGUCUCAGGAGGUUUAAUUGAAAAUGUUAUAUAGGUGUAGGUUAUAGGUAUGGGGUGUGUAUAGGUUUUUAUUUCGUGUUUUAUUUACCGAACAAACGCAAUUGCAGGGCUGCAAGCCUGUCACUAAAAGUCUAAAAACAAGUUCAGAACGCGCCAGUGAGGUUGUCCAAUAAUUUUCAACGGGAAGGGAUAUAAUAAAUAAUAAUUAUCAUAGUUAAUCAAUUAAUUAUCAUCAUAUCCUAAGUUAAGUAUUUAGCAUAUCGAAACUGCAUACACUCAGAUAGCGAGUAUUAAUAUUUAAAUUAGGAAAAUAAAAGGUUUAAUUAUUAAAAGAAAUUAAUAAAGAAAUCAAACACGAGCUGCUAAAAGUCGGAGCUAGCUAUUUGAGAGAGAUUUUCGAAAAAAGUUGGAGGUGCGUAUUUGUUAUGUGUUCUUGACAGAGUGGUCGUUUAGGGAUUUCUCGAGCGGUCAAGAUGAUCGAGUUUCUAUAAAAAAAACCCCUUUUUAUUUUAUUUUAAUGUUAUAUGGGAAUAAUUAUAAGGGUACUUAGUGUAGGAAUGUGACGAUGAUGAUGAUGUGAUUUUACAGACGUCGUAUAUCUCUAUUUUUAUUUGAUUUGUAUUGAAAUACUUCUAAUGAAAGUAAUAAAUGGGAUAUGGAUCCUUCUCGAAUAACGAAAAUACCGUUAUUAUUUGUGAGCUCAAAACGGCCCCCAAAUCGGCCUUCGUGACGGGUUCGAUAGAAGAUAACUAACAAUAAAAUUAUAUUUAUUGGGGUGUUGAAUGGAAAUUAUUAAAAUACUCAGAGUACGAUUAUGACGGCGGCGCGGCAGCGUCCUCGGAGGGCUGAAACGGAUGGCAUAAAUUUCAACUAUAUUUGACCCAUUUUAAAAUAUUUUAUUUGUACAGAGUGUAAUAUUUAUUCCUCUCGAACAACGAAUGCUCCGUUAUGAUAUUUAUUAAAUCAUUAACUUUUUUCAAAUAGAGAAUACUAAUAGUACUCGACCGCAUUUGAAUCUUUUAGUCAUACUGGUAUAAUAAUAUAAAUAAUAAAUUGUACAUAGAUAUUAUGUUGUGUGAGCAUAACAUUACAAUAUCUUCCCCUGCGCCUAAACUUUUGUUUUAUCAUUAUAGAUUUAUGGAUACCGACGAAAUAGACGUAGACGUACAACCCAAAUACGUGAGAGUCACGGUCCGUAAAAAAAUAUUACAAUUAGUACUGGAAGACGAAGUAAAAGUGGACGAAUCCAAUGCGAAACGGUUGAUCGGUUCCAAACUAUUGGAAAUAACUAUGCCCAAAGUAGGUUAUCGUGCCGCAUAGGUAAAUUAUAAUACCUAAAUAAUAAUAAUAAUACAAAAUAGUAGAGUAUAUUAUAGAAGGUACCUAAUUUAGUUUAUGUCUGCAGUAUGCACAAUGAUAAAUCAUUUUGAACGAAAAACGAUUCUAAACAAAGUUCGGUAACUCGAAUUGAAAUUGAAUCUGUUUAUUUAUUUUAAAAAUAAAAGGGCUGACGUCCAAUAUGCGUAAUGACGUUAACCUGUGGAGUGUCCACGAAUUUUUAAUGGGGGGGGGAGGUAUUAUAAUUAAUAAUACAUUUUAUUUGCCUUUGGUGGCAAUACCAAAGACAUAAAUAUGGAGCUAUAGGUAGUCAACUCUCUCAAAACUUUUUGUAUAUUAUACCUAACUGUAUAUAAUAAGUAUAUAGUUCUAUAAUUAGAAUGAAUACAAAGUUGAUUAAUUCAAAUAUCACCAGUAAACUAAAUAUACAUUUGUAAAAAGUAUUUAUUAAAAUUAAAUUUAAAAAAAAAAAACAAAACAGAAAUUGAUUUAAGUAAAAACAAUACAAACUAAUGAUUUAAUCUUAAUAUUAAAACAAAAAUAAUAUUUAAAAACUAAAUUAUUCCAACGCCUAGUUUUAGUAAGUAUCUUAGUUCAUUUAAAACUUAUGAUUUUUACGAUUCUCGUUAAAAUUUGAACAUUAGACGUAUACAAAAAAAAAUCGCGACUAAAAUAUAAUAUAUAAAACAAAAUAAAAACUUUUAAUUUUGAAAAAUUCAAAGGGCUAUAAAUAAACUUAAUACCGUCAGUAUUUUAAACAGUAAGUCGUCUAGAAAAGGCUAUUAUAAGUAUAUUUAAAAAUGAUCACGUCUAAUAAAAAUUAUUGUAACAAAAAAUAUAUUUAAUCGAGAAUAACAGAAACCGUCAUUAUCUCCUGUAAUUUUUUUAUUGGAGCAAUGUUUCCGAUAGAAAAGUUUUUAACGGAAACAAAAAAACAAUGGUUACAUUAUUAUUCUCCGCUAUGUUUAGAAUCUAAAAACGUAUAUAGAUUAUUUUGUAUAUCUAAUUGUUGUAGUAGCGUAACAUAAUAUGUCGGAAUAUCUUAAAAUACAAAAAAUCACAAUCCGAAAACAAGAAUUUAAACUCAAAUUUUGAAUUACAAAAUCCGAGUUUUGUUUUUAUUUUUUGUAUUUUCUACAUUUAAAAAAUGUGUAUUUAGUGAUUUUUUUUUAAAAAAAAAAAUCCGAAAUCUAGAUUUUCCUACCACUAAUUUGUCAUUUAUACUUGCUCAACAGGUAAAACAAAUAAUCGGUCCGGUGAAAAAACAAAGUGCGAACAAAAAAGAUACGUCUAACCAAAGGUAAAAUAUUAUUAUUAUACAGUGGUCGCCGCUGAUAUUGGACUCACUUUAGCACCAGACCAUUUGAGUCCAUUAACCGAAUGAGUCAAUAAGGCGAAUGACUCAAAAUCAAUUUUUAAGAAAAUAUGUACUUAUAAAUAAGUACCUAAAUAUUAAAAUUUUUAUUGAGUUUUCAGCUAUUAUAUGUAAUAGAAUAACGUACGGGUAUAGAAUAAAAACGAUUUUGUUUAAUUAAAAUUAAAGUAGUAAAAUAUUGCAAUAUUAACCUAGAUAGGUAGGCACCUAAUUUUUUCUGAUAAAAAAUCUCCAAUUUAUCUCCACGAUAAGAAUAAAAUACCGGUACCUACCGUAAAUUCGCAUUUAUAGCACGUUUGUUCUAUGCAAAUGCACAUAUUUUAUUUGUUUAUCUUAUUUUCAAAUGACCCCGUUAACCGGUGUGCGAGUAUAAUAGAUGAAUUUUUUUGCUGCGUAUUAGUAUACGUGCAAAUCGGGACAGCCGUUUUGAGUCUAACAGGCGAACGAGUCAAUUAACCGCGCGAGUGACCAAUAAGCGGCGACCACUGUACACGACGUGUAUCACAAUAUUAAACAAUAUUAUUCUGCAGGAUUGAAGAAAUAAAAACCGAAUAUUUCAGCUUUUCUGAAUCCGAAUAUAAAAUAUCUAUUAUUAUUAUUAUUAUUUAAUAUUCACUCGAAUUACGGGAUUGCGAAUAGUUUGCAAGUAUUUUCUGCUGUGCUCGUUUUAUUUUUGGAUUUAAAAACUGCUAUUUGAUUCGUUUAUUAUUGACUAUGGUUCUUUUUCCCCUCACCCGAAAAUAAAUAAGUAAUUUAUAUUGAAAAUAUGUUUAAAACAUAAUAUUAUAGGUAUCUGUAAGAAAAAAAAAAAAUUAGUGCACCUAGUUCGUAAUAUUACUAUAACACGAGCUACACGUUUUUUUGCAAAGACAAUAUCUUUUAUCAAUAUCAAUAUAUAUAUAUUUACAAUACAAUUUUUAGUUGUUUGAUAUUGUUUUAACUGUUGAGAGACAGUAAAUAUUCUGAGAAUCGUGUUUAAAUAUAAUUAUAAACAGCAUCUAUAUAAUAUAAUAAUAAUAUUUGCCGUGACUGGCUACUCGUGACAAGUACAACAAUAUACUCGGUUUAAUAUUUAAGUAGUAAUACGAUCGUUUGGCUUUUUCUUUUGAUAUUGUAUUUACCAAUUGUAUUAACUACUUUUAAUUUUAAAAUUUGCGUAAUCUAUAAUGCCCAAACACAAACGACAAACAACACAAUACAUAUAAUAACUAGGGCCGACAGAAAUAUGCUCUAAACAUCUAUUAAAUGCAGUUAUGCAGUUAUGGCCUAAAAAUUACCAAUAUAUGCCCUUAAAAUACUUAAAAUAUGCUAUUGAAAAAAAAAAAUAAUAAUAAAAAAAUCAAUAACGAAUCCAAAUUAUUUUAAUAUUUUAUUGGAGUAGGUAUAGGUACUGUAUGUUUGUAUGACUGUUGAUCGUAUAUGCUCAAAAAAAAAAAAAAAAAAAAAUGAUAUUUCAACGAUUACGUAUAUUUUUGUAUAUUUAAUAUAUUAUUAUAUUUCCCUUUCGGAAAUUUUCUUUAUCUGACAACCAAACGAAAAUACAUUUUAAUGAAAGAAAUUUGAAUUCUUACCAGAUUUUAACUAAACUAUGGGUAUCUAGUAUAUUAUCAGCUCGUCUGCUGAAUGCUGGUGUAUAUAUAUAUUUUGAACGAUAUUGACUUGAGUCCUUUUUCAAAAACUAAAUUAAUUUAAUUUGGUAUCACGACUUGUGAUAAGACGCAUAUUAGACAUACAAUUCAGUCAUGCAAUUAUCCAUUCGAUAGUUUAAGUAAAACUAUCGAAUAUAAUCGAUAGUCAAAAUUAUGCCUUGUGUCCAUCACUAAUUACGCAUAACAUAUCAAUAAUUUGAUAACAGUUCUACAUAUGUUCAAACUAGUGGUACCAGUAGACACGGCACAAAAUUGCAUACAAAAAGUUAAUAUUAUGAGAUAUGACAAAAAUCGACUUAAGCCUUUUUGCACAAACACCGUCCAAUCAUUUUGCGAUUCUAGAUUCGUUGAGUUAAAAUUGUCUUAAGAAUUUACGAAAUCCUAAAUACCCUUUAAAGAAGCCAUGAAACACGCUCUAAGACCGCAUCAAAUACUAAAAUAUGAUCCAAAACUUUCUAAAAUAUUGUACACAGACUCGUUAGAUUAUGAAACACAUUUUAGUAUUAACCAACUAUUUUUUUUUGGCCAACUUAUAAAUGCAUAAAAAUGUUGGCCCUAAUAAUAACCGUAGGUUAGGUUAUUAUGACCGUAUAUAUAUAUAAUGGAUAAAUCGAUAUAAUUAUUUUUAGAAUAGGUCGUAUUUUAUUGAUUUUAAAUUCCUAUCCUGCAGCUUUCAUAUAGCCCCAUAAUAAUUAAAAAUUAUUUUAAACAUAAGCGCAUGACAAAAGUUUUCUAGGUAAGGUAUCCGCUAUACUAGAGGGGAUUUAUCAAUUCCGCCGAACAUUAGUAAAUUUUGAUGCCGCCGGCUAUCGAUUACAAGUAAAAUGGGCAUGGCUGGUUUCCGCUAAAAACUUAUCUUUCCCUUUUUCGCCGAUUCUCGUUUCCGCCAAAUCAUAAAAUUGGUAGAUUCACUUUUCCGCCAAAUGAAAGAAAUCAGAUACUCAAAUAGGUCAAAUACUCGAAUAUUAAUGCACAAUUGUAAAUUUUACAACUAUUAAUUAGAUUGAAAAAUUAAUUAAAAACUAUAAAGUUUUUUCUAUUUAUGUAUGAUACAAAUUGUGUUUAUUAUUUUUUGAAUACAAGGUAAAAAUAGUUGUUAAUAACGAUUGUCGUACCACAAUAUUAUACACGAAAAAUAUCAAAAAUAUAAUCACUAUUUUUAUUAUUGUAUAAGUUUAAACUUAUUUGUAUUAUUUGUUGUUAUUAUUAUUAUACAUUUUGUUUUGUAAUACAAUAACAAUAAUUUAUGACACAAUCGUCCAUUAAUAUUCAAAUAUUAGACUAAAUUUGUUCAUUUGGCGGAAAAUAGAAAGAUACAUUUUUGGCGGAAACGAGUAACUCUCAGUAGAAUAUAAAUAUAAUAAACAGGCCAGACACUUGAACACUGCAUUUGGUUGAAUAAAUUAGAAAAGAAACUCACUCACUAAUUGAUUCACUUAAGAAGAAUUUUUGAAAAUUCAAUCCCCAAAAUGGGGGUGAAAGUCAAAAUGUUUGCGGACGGAGGGCACUAAAUUGGAGGAUAAAAAUGUGGGUACACACCGAACUGUACAAACACAUAAAAAUAGACAAAGUCAUGAGUAAUACUGUUUGUGUAGAUAUUAUUACACAUUAUACAUUACAUGUACUUCUAUAAGAAUAUAUUAUAUAUAUGUGUAUUCCAAUAGACAUUGCGUAUUAUCGCGUCGGUUCCACAUCGUGACCGUCGUAAUCUUUGUAAUAAAUAUAAAUUCAUUCGAAAAACCGGAAAUCAGAGAUAUAACUAUAAAUCAACAUUUUCCAAUAUAAUGGUCUCGUGUUCAAAUAAUAAACAUUUAGUAAUGGUUGUAAUCUUUCGUGCCUUACACACCAUGUAUAAAUGAAUUUUAAAAUAAUUUUUCGUGAACGAUUUGUAUAGAAGUUACUAUUGAUAAUAAUAAUAAAAUACAGAAUGAGUAUCAACAUGUAAAUAAGUUCGGCGGAAUCAACAUGAUGUAAUGCCCAGCACUAUCGAUACGUUUUUCACAAGUAAAAAGGUUAUUUCGGCUAAAUCGAUAUAUCGGGUGAUCCAUUUAAAUGAGUACACUCAUUAUCUCCGAAGGAAAAUAUCAACUUUUUCCGGAAUUUGUUUUCUAGAAAAUUUAAGAAACAAGCGGCUCUACAAUUAUAUAUUUUUUGGGAAUAAACCACUAUCCACUUUUGAUUUUCAAAUGGCAACCUACUCUCCUCCAACUCAAACUUAAAAAUGGAAUAUUUCGUCAACAGAUUGUGGGAAAUCAAACAUUUCAACACUAAAACUUAUUUUUAACUAAUAUAUAAUAAUAUAUUUAUGGACUUUUUAAAACAGGUUGCCAUUCAAAAAUCAAAAGUAGUAGUAUUAAUAAGCGUAUUUCUUUAAUUUUCUAGAAAACAAAUUCCGGAAAAAGUUAAUACUUUCCGAAAUAGUGAGUGUACCCCCUGAAAUGGAUCACUCGGUAUGCCCAUUUUAGAGUACAGUACUGAUAGUACCUGUAUAAGUUCAUUAUUUUGGUACCGGUGACACAGCCAGGAUUUAUCAACGUGGGAGGGGAAAAACCUUCAGAACAUUGCGGGUGUUUUGUACACUGUUUAUGGGUAGCACACGGUGAAAAUUAAGAUAUUUAUAGGUUACCUAUGGCUCUGUAUAAAAAGUUUUAUCAACAUUAAUAGGAAAUUAAUAUGUACACGAAAUGACGUGGUAUUAACGAUUCUCAUUAAAAUUUGACCUUUAUGAAUAAUUAUAAAGAAAAAAUAAUACACAAUUAUAGUUAUACCCUAUACCAAAACAUUCAUCGUACGCUCAGAAUCGAUAAACGACAUACACGAUAAACGUAAAAAAUUACGAUAAAAUUAUAAGUAAAAUUACGGUAAAUGACAACUGAUUAGCACGAACAGAAAAAAAAAAAACACAAUUUUUAUUUUCAAACAUUUAUUAUUUUAGAUUAUGUCAUACUUUAUACACGUUUCUAUUUUUCAACGUACCUAUCUAAUGCAAUAUGAAAAAUAAAAAAAAUUUAUUCCCGUAUUGAAAAUCUCAAUUUUCAACGCUUUCGUUUUUCCUAUAAUAUAUUUUAUCCGGCGGUACAGGCGAUCCGGGCCGAAGGUAAUUCCGUCCCUCGGGCUGUUAAAUGAUUCUUCGUAGGAUUUAGUAGUACCGAGGGAGCUUCCGCGACGAGAUUGUUGGUUUUAAACGUUGUUAGUGGACCGAAUGUAUCUCCAGUAACCCCCCCUCCAUCUAGUUCUAUAAUAUAAUUAUAAUUGGAUAUCAAUAUCGCUGUAAUCGUAUUUCUAUAUUAAAAAAAAAAAAAAACAAUUUCAGAGCGUCGAAACUCACAGACGAAGCGUUGGAUAGCAAAAACCCAGUGGAAUUUUGGAAUAUAACCGGCGAACGACGGACUACAACAAACAUUAAGACGGUUGGAAAUGAAGAUUUUGUUGACAACUCCGAAGUACCGCCUUUAGAAUAAAAUAUGGAUAGGUACGCGUAUAGUUCUUAUACAGACACCUGUCUAUAUCGAUUUGUGUUGUAUUUUAUAUUAUAUAAUUAUUUUUCACGUACGCACAUUCCCUUAUUUUAUUGCAAUACGCAAACAGUGGCGCCGAACCAUGUUUUAAGAAAGUGACCAGCUAAAAUGUUGUAAACAGACCACAGUCCUCGUUUACAACAAAACAAGCUCCAUUACGACGGUCUCAACACAAUAUCGUAUUGACACGUGUACCAGUUCGAUAAAAACCGUGGCUCAAAUAUCCCCAUCGUCACCGACCCAUUACAAAGAGGGGUGGCGACCGUUGGUUUCGGCGCCACCGACGGUAAACAUGUUUAGUUUCAAACGUUAAGAUUUAAUGUAUGCCUUUUAUGUCCGUAUACGUUCAAUGUUCAUGGUGGACAAUCUCUGUCCAGUUAAAAAUUGCAAGGGUCACGGGAGAAUUAUUUUUAGAAGUGAUGACGGUAACCCCUUAAAUUCAUUCAAACACUGCCUGUACCUAAUGUUAUAUGUAUCCGCCGUAACACCGAACCGGUCUAAUUAAAUCGGUAAAAUUCAAUAGCGACAAAAAUCCCCCGCGGCUCGUAUUCUAACGCAGCUGGUGGUGCUGUGCGUAGAGUACGUACCUGUGUGCUAAACUAUGUCUAUACCUGUGUAUCUCGGAUACACGGGUAUCGACUAUUACUUCACGGAUCGAAAUUAUUAUGGCCAGAGGUGUACUUUAAAAAAAGAAAACAAAAAAAACCUCGAUUCUGAUGUCGAGUGUAACACGGACGGCAAAUAUUCACCGAAUUUACGAAUAAUUACAACGGUAAUGUUACACUGGACAAUAGAAGUUUUUAAGAACACAACGGCGCUUUAUUUUAACCCGAUUUCGCAUUUACAACAGAUACCUCCUCGAAUAUCUAUAGACCAUAACCAAAUUACAAUAGGUUUACGCGAUACCUUACCCAUACUGCUUGUCGAUGAGAAUACUAAUAAUAUUUUGGGUUUUUUUUUUACUACGCGUAAUUGUGCGCAGCUCAGAAAAUACGACACGAAUAUUUUUUUCACCGUAAUACACUUGUUUAUAUAUUUUUGUCUUACAGAUCAUCGUUUUGUUUCUUACGUCAUUCCAUUGAUACAUUUUUUUUGCUUUUUGCGAGAUUUCCUAACUAUAGUUCCCUAUAAACGUACAUUUUUCUUUUGCAUUAACUAAACAAUGUUGCGCGUCUGAUCACACAUUUUCCAUCUCGAUUUUAUAUUUUAACACAAUACACUGUUUACCCAUAUUUAUUUACGAAUUUCGCACUGUUACCUAUUAACACGUUUAUAGAGUGUUGUUUUUAUAACUUAUUGUGGUUAUAAGAAAACACGUUUAAGGUCUCAGACAGGCAAGGACAGAUUUUUUUAUAACUGGUUUGAUGUUUUUACAUAACAUACUGUAAUAUUAUUUUCAACACCGAUGAUAUUUUAUACGCAUAUAAUACGUAAAGUUAGUAUACGUGUUUAGGGGGAAAAAAUAAUAGAUACCAAAUACAUUAAUUCUCAGUAUGAUUAAGCUUUUGCACAAGUUUCAGUGCUAAUUUACAGUGUCAAAUGUACGAAAUAAACAUACAAUUAUGAGAUUUAAUGAGUAAUUUUUAAUAAAGUCAAAAUAACCAGUUGUAUCUAAAAGAGUAUUAAAAACAUUUAUUAAAGAAUUAACACAAUAUAAGACAUAUGUACCUUAUUAAAAACUUGCAUAGGAUAUAAAGUGAAAUAAAAAAUAUUGUUAUUCAUUAACACAAAACAUAUUAUAUUUAUAUAACAUAACAAGCCGCUAAAAAAAAACAAAGAAUAAGAAACAAGUUGCAAAUGCAGCCAAAUUCGAGUGUUUUUUUUAUACCUAUUUUAAAAUUAAUAAUAAAUCAACAACAAAAAAAAUUGCGAUAAAAAAUAUAUUAUAACACUAGAAGCAAAACGGAAUACAAAAUAAUACAGUAUUAGACUGAGCGUACAUCUAAGCGGUGCAACAGCGCUGUCACCAUAGAGCUGUCAACAAUCUUAUAACAGGACACAAAUAUAUAGGUAGGCAGAAAAAUAGGAUCUAUAGCAGCGGCUCUGCCGCACUGCA